GAUGAUGAUUUGGUCAUUGUUGAAAAUCAUCUAUUGCUACAUGGUCGAACAGCAAUAACCGAGGAAACAGAACGUGAACUGUGGAGAAUUCAAGUCUAUUAGCUGUUGCUCACCUUUAAAUAUUAUUGUAAUUACAUGUACAGAAAUGUGUUUCAUCUAAUAAAAUACGUUGUUUCAGGUUUCUAAGGAGUGACAUGCUAGCACUUUUAGCUUGCUCUUGUAAUGUCCAGUUGUGGCGCUAAUCCCGGCCCAUUUUUUCAAAAGCCUCAGUCCUACAUAGUGAUCUCAAGAAGAAGAAUGUUUUUAAAAAUUUAUUUCCAGAAAUAAAUAUUUAUUUGUCUUGUCCUAUUAGUUUAGCGACUCAUCGCAUUUCUCCUCUUCUCAGUUCUAAUCUCGUGACGCUCAACGGCAUAUUCUUGUACGCAUAUACAUGUAGCCAUCAGAAGUUUUGAAUAGGGCAUUUUCCGAUUUUGUCCAAAAAGGACGGGUAAUCUAUGUUGUUUCCAUAGAUCUCAUAAUUUUUCUUUUAUCUCGUGGAGAGAUUAACAGUCGCAUUCAUCCUAUACUUUACUAGGAAUUUAUUUUUAUAGAAUAUACAGAUCCGUUUGAGCUAUUGCGUUGCAAUAACAAUGAUCUACCAACAAUUCCACAUGACAAAACAUUCGAGGAAAUUCCGGAUAAAUUAUGUGUAACAUUACGUAAUAAUCAAUUUUUACAAUUUGAUGCUGGUCCUGGUAGUGAGCUAAUAAUUAUAUUUUCAUCAAAUGAACAAUUGCGAUUACUUGAGGAUGCUAAAGGGUACUUCCGCACAGGUCCGCCCAGUAUUACAUGA